ACGGUGUAGGUCCCUCGCAUAUACACAGGGGACAUGGACUCUGAUGUAGCCCAGGCCAUGCUGAACUGCGACCCCGACGGACCACUGAUGAUCUGUGUAGCCAAGUUAUAUCCCUCGAUUGACGCUAAGUCGUUCUUUGCCUUUGGACGGGUGAUGAGUGGGUCGGUGGAGAAAGGGCAGACAGUGAAGGUGUUGGGUGAGAACUACACCUUAGACGAUGACGAGGACAUGAAGAUGGAGCUGUGCGAGCACCUGUACAUCAACGAGUCAAGAUACAAGUUAGAAGUGACUCGCAUGCAGGCGGGUAACUGGGUACUGCUAGGUGGGGUGGAUAGCUCAAUCAUCAAAGCAGCCACCAUCACAGACGAAGUGACUGAGGACGCGUGCAUCUUCCGACCCGCACAGUUCAACAGCAGCGCCGUGCUCAAAGUGUCGGUGGAACCAGUCAACCCCACGGAACUACCUAAAAUGUUGGAGAGUCUGCGAAGUGUGAACAAGACAUAUCCCAUGCUGGAGACCAGGGCUGAGGAAUCCGGAGAGCACAUCAUCUACGGCACCGGCGAGCUCUACGUGGACUGUGUCAUGCACGACCUACGCAAUGUGUUUGCGGAUAUGCUGAUCAAGGUAUCGGACCCUGUGGCAGCCUUCCGGGAGACUGUGGUGGAGACUUCGUCUAUCAAGUGCUUUGCGGAAACACCCAACCAGAAGAACAAGCUCACCAUGAUCUCCGAACCACUGGAGAAGGGUAUCGCAGAAGACAUUGAAGCCGAGGCGGUGAAGAUUGACAUGACCAAGAAGCAAAUAGGCGAUUUCUUCCAAAAGAAGUAUGACUGGGAUCUGCUGGCGGCACGGUCUGUAUGGGCGUUUGGGCCGGAUGUGGGGGGACCCAAUGUGCUGGUAGACGAUACCCUGCCGUCAGAAGUGGACAAGAAGAAGCUCAACAGCGUCAAGCACUCCAUUGUCCAGGGCUUCCAGUGGGCUACGAGAGAAGGACCUCUGUGUGAUGAACCUAUCCGCAAUGUGAAGUUUAAGAUCCUGGAUGCCACUAUUGCCGACCAACCCAUUCACCGGGGAGGUGGUCAGAUCAUCCCCACCGCGCGAAGAGUGGCCUACUCCGCCUUCCUCAUGGCCACCCCGCGGUUAAUGGAGCCCUACUAUUAUGUGGAGGUCAUCGCACCGGCUGAUUGUGUGUCUGCCGUCUACACCGUGCUGGCGAGGCGAAGAGGGCACGUUGUGCAGGAUGCCCCUAAACCAGGGUCACCCCUGUACAUGAUAAACGCCUACAUCCCAUGCAUGGAUUCGUUCGGCUUCGAAACCGAUCUGCGAACAUACACUCAGGGACAGGCCUUCUGUCUAUCCGUAUUCGACCACUGGCAGCUGGUGCCUGGAGAUCCCCUUGAUAAGAGUAUACUAAUCCGCCCGUUGGAGCCGCAGCCUGCGUCGGCCUUGGCGAGAGACUUCAUGGUUAAAACGAGACGCAGAAAGGGUCUCAGCGAGGAUGUCAGUAUCAACAAGUUCUUCGACGACCCGAUGUUGUUGGAGUUGGCGAGACAAGAUGUCAUGUUAAAUUACCAAUAAACCCUCUAAGUCAUGUGAUCAAUAUUGCUUGUACACCCUGUAUAUAUCGCUGUGACAUGUUUUAUUUGUAGGUUAAAAUGUCUGUGUUUGUACAGACUUAUACAAAAUGGUUGCCUGCAUUAGCGUAUGACCACGAGACGACCGUAGAAAAGUAACGCACACCCCACUCAGACCAUGAC